CAUGGACUUCCAGCAAGAAAGAGUGAGAGAGGAAGAUGAAGAAAAAGGAUAAAAGAAUGAGGGUAAAAAUGUAUUUUCAGAAAAUGUCUCAACCUCAUUGUCUCGUAUCAAAUAAUAACCCAAACAAGUCAAUUAUGUACAAAUAUCUCACACAAUUGUCUCAUUUUCUAAAAUGGAACAUUUGAUCCAAAUUGCCUCAAUUUGGAAAUGUUCCAUCCAAACGACCCCUAAAGUUAUUUCGACGGCUUAUAUCCACUGAGAUUAGGAAUCCUGGUUACUAGUUAGGUUUAAAAAAAAAAUUGUUAUCAGAUUAGGAAUUGUAGUUAGACUAGAAUUUCAAGUGAUUUUUAAUGAAUGGUGAUCAUCAUAUCAAUGAAAUUAAAAUUUAGAUAUAAAAUUAUACGUGGUUAAGAUCUCAAGAGUCAAAGGGUCAUAUAAAAACCACCUCCAUUUUAAAAUAGAACAAGAUUUCAAGGAUUGUAAAUUGACUUCAAGUGAUUAUCAUUAGGACAAUUUUUCUAGUAAUAUACAAACUUCUAAAGUAUAAUUUGGCUAAGUGUCAUCAUAAUCCAAGAUCUCUCACUUACAAACCUCCAAAAGAUAAUGGUGCUUAAUUCUUCUUCUUUUGUUUUCUGAGGACUUUCCCAAUGGUAAAGAUAACCUUAUUUUCAAUAAUUUUAUGAUAUGAUGAUUGACAAAUAUACCUAAUAUGCUACACCCCUCUCACCCUUCCUCUUUAACAUUGGUAUGGAUAUUCUCUCGUUCAUUCUAUGUGAAAUAAAGAAAGAAGGGAUGGUUACGGGAUUCUGUAUCAACGAAGAAAGAAACGUCGGAGAGGUAACUCACUUACUCUAUGCGGAUGAUGCCAUUUUAUUUUGUGAAGCAUCCGAAGCCGAGGUCCGUAAUCUGCUGGCUGCUCUAAUCUGUUUCCAAGCAAUCACCGGUCUGCAAAUAAACCUUGCGAAAUCGAGAAUAUUUCCGGUGGGCGAGGUAACAAAUAUUGAAAGACUGGUGGAAAUCUUUGGUUGUGAUUGGGCUUUCUUGCCCACCACGUACUUGGGUCUGCCUCUCGGAUAUCAGUCUCCUCCGAAUACACACUGGAACAACGUCGUGAUCAAGACUCAAGCAAGAUUAGAGGGCUGGAAAGGAAAAUUUCUAUCGUUGGGAGGAAGAGUCGUGCUUAUCAAUGCGGUGCUUGGAACUCUGAGUAACUACAUCAGUUCCUUGUUCUUAAUCCCCAAGAACGUCAUCAACUCUUUAGAGAAGAUAGAAAGAGACUUUCUUUGGUCCGGUACACGGGAAGGGAGAAGCUUCAUCUUGUCUCUUGGGAGCUUUGCAAAACUGCAAAGAACAAGGGAGGCUUGGGCAUACGAGACUUGGAGCUGAAUAAUCGAGCUCUUCUACUCAAAUGGCAUUGGAGAUUUGCGACUGAAAGAGGAUCGUGGUGGAGGGAAAUGAUAGUUGCUAAGUUCCCUAAUGAGCAGUCAGAAUGGUUCUCGGGAAAGGUAUCGGGGAGUGUUGGGGGUAGCGUUUGGGGCAGGAUCGCGAAACUGCAGCCUCUUUUUUGGGAAUUAACGUGUAUCGAACAUGGUCAAGGGUACUGGACUUCGUUCUGGUUUGAUACCUGGAUCGAGGGCAUCCGAUUGGCGGAAGAAUACCCGAGAGUCUUUGCCGCUGCCAAAUCACCGAACUCCACCAUUGCUGAUUACCUGUCUUUGUCUGAGGGAAAUUGUCAAUGGGACAUUCCAUUGAUUUAUUCACUUCGGGGUGGGGCUGAAAGUGAGCGGGUGAGGUUGUUUGAUUUACUUCAUUCUAUCCCCUUUCAAACUUUUUUUGCAGGUCCUGAAAGACCAAGAUGGAUCCCGUCUCCUACAAAUGGAUUCAGCGUGCACUCGGCGUUUGACCACUUAGCCGCUGCGAGAACGGUGGAAACUCCAGAGUUCCCCUCAAAAGUGAUUUGGCAAAGCAGCGUACCGAAUAAGAUUUGCAUCUUCCUAUGGCUGGUCUACCACAAAAAAAUUCUCACCAUCGACAACUUGAAGAAGAAAGGUCUCCACAUCCCGAACAGGUGUGUUCUGUGCAAAGGCGAUGAAGAGUCGCCCAACCAUCUGUUCAUCACAUGUGCGUUUUCAAGGCAGGUCUGGGGAGGGGUGAAGUGCUUCGUUAAAAUUGAAGGAAGUGCUGUGGCGGGGCUUGACAUCUCGGAGAGAAUCAGACUUUGGCCGCGCAGGAAUCCGGCGAAUCCAGCCCAAUGGUGUUCAAAAGUAGUACUACAUGCAUUUUGUUGGUGUGUUUGGCUCGAAAGAAACAACAGAGUUUUCAAUGACCAGGAGUGCAACGUUCCCUCAAUAGUGAUGAAGAUUGGUUACAUGAUUUUUUGGUGGCUAACGGCAGCAAGAAAGGUCGACAAAGAGAUCGCGGAAAGGUGGAUCAAAGAAAUGAGGACCAGACUGUUUCCUGACAAUCCGCAACAGAUCGUGACUCUUGUUCCAUGACCAAGCUCUGCAGAUGGCAGUUUUCUCCAGGUCCCUGUUCGGAUGUUGAGUUCGCCUCUCACUCUGAUGUUCAUAUCCCUUCACUGAUAUAUGGACGUGUGAUGUAGUUCUGGUUCGUUAGUCAGGGAGGAUUUAUUUGCUUCUGCUUCCUUUUGAUCUCCUCUGCUGCUUGACGCUCGGCUCUUGGUGACCGGGGUUGGGGAUUGUUUUGUGUUUGUUUUUGUUUUGUUCCCUGUACCUUUAGGUCCGGUUGCAGCAGCGCACGGAUCUGGCGGCAGUUGUAGUCCUGUUGCUGUACUGCCCUGUUUUUUGUUUCUAAUUAUUUAAUAUAUAUCAUCAUUAACAAAAAAAAAAUAUGCUACACCCCUCAGUUCUAUUGGACCUCACUUUAAUAACAAAUAAUAAAUCUAAGUAAAUAAAUUGGUUAAAAGAUGACAAAACAGUAAGUGGGAAUCUAAUAAAGGGUUAUGCUGCCUGGGUAGUGAACAUGAUGAGAUCAUCCUUCCUAAAUUUUUUCUUCUUGUUAUUGUUUCUCUUUCAGUUGCUGUUCUUAAUUUCUUUUUUGGACAGAAGAACAAUAAGAGCUUAUAUCCUUAAUCAUAAUUAGCAUUAAGGUAUUGCUCGACUUAAUCCAGAAAGACAAUUUGUCAAUCCAUGUAUUCUUCUUGUUUUGGGCAAAAAAAAUUAUAAAUGUAAAAACAAUUAUACAAAAUUAUACAGAUCAAUGGUUAUGCAUCUAAUUCACGCUCUUAAAUUAGGAAUGCAAAAAUUCCAAUCGUUAGAAAAAUCAUUAAUAGUCGCCAACACAAUUAUAAACUUAGAUCACUCUCUCACAAAGGAAUGAAAGGAUCGAAUAUUCAUGAGAGGCAAAAGGCUCCAAAAUUUGGAGUCACUUUUGUAAGUUGUUGGUUGGGUGGAGGGAAAAAGAAGCUCAUUUCUAUCUAAUCUAUCUAUCAAUGUUGCCAGCCAAUAAGCAGACGGGACAAUUCAGCCCCAAAAGGGACAGACAAAAAAGAUAAUAAGAAUAAUCCUAACCAACCGAUGAAGGUAUAGAUGUUAGGUCAAAUUGUUAGGUUUUGCAGAGUUAAUAAUUAUCGUUAUAUAUUUUAUGGAGAGCCUAAGCAUGCUAGCCAUGGGCAGUGGUACUUUUUCCACUUGACAACUUCAACAUGCUAUUUGCGUAGUAGGCUGGGGCGUAGUCAGGAUUUUGUUGAGGGUGGGUGUAUUUAGAAAAAAUAUAUACGAUAAAAUUAUUUGUUAACUUUUUUACAUCAUCAAGAUAUAAUUUUGUAUUUACAAAAAUUUGAUAGAUUGAAUAUAAGUUAAAACUAUCGAAAAUAUCACUAUAUGUGUAUCAUAAAAAUUAUUUAUGAUUUAGUUAGACAUUUACUUCUGAAUGUUGUUCUUCGUCGAGAUCGCUUAGUAUCAAUAACUCGAGUUGGUGGGAAAGAUCUAAUAAUGAAUCUUAUACGAUUUAGUAUUUACUAACACUUUCCUGCUAACGAAAACCAACUUAUACGUGCUUAAAGUUUCUGUAAAUUUGAAUAUCAUGUGCUUAACAAAUAUGGUUACAAAGAUUAAAACAAAUAAGAUAUCGGUCG